AUGAUGACACUCAGCGCAGUAUCUACGUUGGUUGUUCUGUGUUCGGUCAGUUUAUUGGGUAAAAGUGACAGUUCGGAACAGAGCUACAGUGAGAAGAAGAUGGACGCUGUCGAAAGCACGAUGGUGAGUUUGUUAGCUUUUGUAAAGUAAAGCAAUAGCUAAAGUUAAGAUCUCCCAGUUUAAAGAAAAAAGUAAAAUUAGAUAUUGAAGUCUAAAAGCUGUUUCAGUUCCCCGGCUUCAUCAUCGACUACGAGAUGGAGAGAGUCACCAAACCCAAAUGCAAGCCACAACAAAGUUGCCGAACCACAGAUGAUCAAGCGGUCGACUUCUCGGCCUUGAUCAAUUUCAUCAACUUUUGCGAUUGCCCUACUGGUACCACUUGUAACAACGACAAUCCUAUUCGAAUGGGCUCCAAAACCUACGCUGUAAGUUACUGUUUUAACACGUUUUGUGUGUUCUAUAUAUCAUAUUUAUAAAACAAAAAAUAUAUCGUAAUCUUCUGCACAGUAUGAUCUUAAGCUUACGUAUACAAUGUCAAAAAUGAUACUGUAUUCCUAACUAGAUUCCUCAUUACAACACAGAUCAUAUGUUCAAUACAAUAACGAUGUUAUUGUAACAUUUCCCAAAACCUCUAAUUAUCUUAUUGUUGAUUUCUGUGACAUUUUCUACUGUAAACAUAACCUUUCCUACGCAAAACAUGUAAUGUAGUCAAGUUCAUUAUAUACAUAAUCAGUUCUGCCAUUUCAUUUUGUAUUUCCAGUUCUGUGGUCAACAAAAACUGCGACGAUGCAGAAAUAAUGAAGUUGCCGUCAAGCUGGAUGGAUUUGUAGAUACCGUGAACUGCUAUUGUCCCUACGACGUCGUGGCUGAGAACAGUGCCGAAGCCUUCUCGGAUACCAAGACCAGCCUCAAGUUCUACUGCAAAAAGAGAGCUAUGGUAAGGGGUAGUACUGAUAGAUACUGAGAGAGUACAAAGCAAAAAGUAGCUUAAUUGAAAUCUUUUUCUAAUUUUUUUUAAAUAUAGUAAAGAAGAGUACAAAAUAAUGUAUUGUAAUCUUUUCAGCAGUACAAAGUGAGGAAACCGGUCAAGUCCCCAAUCACAGCACAAGACAUAAUGGCUUACUUGGAGCAAUGA